UUAUUUCCAGAAACUAAAUUAUCAAGCCCAUCCUUUCCUGGUCCACAACAGAAAACAGUCUCUAUCAUACCCAGAACUAAUAUGUAUUCCGGAGAAAAUGCUGGCAUUAAAAUAAACUUAAUGAUUGGUUCAAUUUCUAAUGCAUCUGUUGAUGUCAUCGUUAACAGCACCAAUGAACGGCUCCAGCUUAAUGAUGGUUCUAUCUCCAAAUUUAUUCUCAAAGCUGCUGGUCCACAGAUACAAGAUGAAUGUUACCAGAAAUAUCCUCGAGGUAUUUCUACAUCUGAAAUAGCCGUCACUAAAGGAUAUAACCUCAACUGUAAGAAUGUAAUUCAUCUGGCAUUACCUCCCUGGGAUGAAAAUUCCUCUGAUUCAAUAUUGCGAAACUUGACUAGCAUGGUAAACACUUGUCUAGGAACUGCUUCAUGUCUUAGUGCAAAAAGCCUUGCAUUUCCUAUAUUAGGAGCUGGAGUAUUGAAAUAUCCCAUUGAAAAACUACCUGGAACUAUGUAUGAAGCAGUCAAAGAGUCACCUCGAAAAUACGAUAUCAAAGAUGUUUACUUUGUUGUUUUCCCUAAAGACACAGAAAUAGUAAAGAAAUUUAAAGAAUAUUUCCAACAAAUGUCAGCAGAUGGCUCAGCUGUAACAUCAGAUGAUGAAGAUGACGAAGAUGAAGAAAUAGAAGAUAAUGUCUCUACUGGUCAACACGAUGAUGGUGUCACCUUGAAAUUCUUUGCUAAAUACCAAAAUCUUGACAAUGCUAUAGAAACUGUUAAAAAAGAAUACCUUUCUCUGUUGACCACUGAGGAAAUACCAUUUGAUACAAAUUUAACAGAAUCUCGAAAGCUGAGUUUAAGGGAUAUUAGUAGAACACAUGAAGUCCAGAUUUCUAUCAGUAACAAAAUUACAAUUUAUGGCAGACAUUCUCUUGUAAAAGAUGCCAAACUCUCUGUCCAAUCAUUAUUAAUGGGAUUCAAAGAAACUGACGAGGAAACUCUUCUUAAAACAAUGGUACAAUGGUCUUACUUUGAUGAAAAUUUUCCAGCAAACCUACAAAUGUUUGAAGACAAAGUAAAUGCCAAGCUUGAGAAAGCAUACUCACAGAAGAAAAAAACCCUUGAUUGGGAAAACAUAAAAUUUGAUAUUAAGAAAAUGAGUUUUCAACUCAGAGGGAGGAAAUAUAAAAUGAAGAGACAACAAAACCUAAAAGAUGAAGUGACCCCUGAUACAUGGUCACCAAUGGGAGACAAGGAAUUAAUUAAAAUCGUUCCAGUAACAAAUGGACCAGAAUAUGAUGACAUCCAAGCCACUUUCCGUCGGAAGUUGCCUUCCUGUCGUAUAAUCAAAAUUGAGAGAAUUCAAAAUAAAACAUUAUACCAUGGAUACCAAGCAUUGAAAAGAAAGUUUGAGGUAGAAAAUCCAAACAUUACAAAUGAAGUUGAUGGCCUUUGGCAUGGUACUGCUGAAAGAUCUGUUGAUGGAAUAAAUAAAUCAGGAUUCAACCGUAGCUAUUGUGGUAAAAAUGCCACAGCAUAUGGUGAAGGUGUUUAUUUUGCCAGAGACAUCCAAUAUUCUGCAAGGGAUACCUAUUCUGCUCCUGACCAUAACGGAAUAAAGAGAAUAUACAAAUGCAGUGUUCUUGUGGGAAGAGUGAUGCAAGGAUACUACGGACUAAAAGUUUUACAGGAUUCUUACAAUUCUGCUGUUGAUAAUUUUCAAAGACCCAAUAUUUAUGUUACUUUUCAUGACUCUCAGGCAUAUCCUAAUUAUUUGAUUACAUUCUCUAAUCAUUGAAUAUAAUUGGAAUUCAUAAAACACAUAUAAAGUGAACAGGAAUAUAUUUAACAAAAGAAAGACAAAGAAAAUACAGGAAAUUCUCUAAUUCUAGGUGCAAUCCCAGGGUCUUUUGUAAGAAUAAAACUAUUCAAUAGAAUAUUUCUCUAUCAUUCA